CAUAUUAAGGAAACCAGAUGAUUGUCUAGGUAUGAUCCAUUCGGUGUUCAGAUCCAUCAAGAACCUUCGAUAGCUCAGUUGGUAGAGCGGUGGACUGUAGUUGGGAAAUUGAUAUAGCUAUCCAUAGGUCGCUGGUUCAAAUCCGGCUCGAAGGAAUCUUUUUGAUAAAAAGAAAGGAAAACUAAAAAUAGCCUCUCAUUUAUCACUCAUAAGUGCAGUAGUGCGUGAAGGGUGAUUUCACGGUGUGCCAUAUGUUAUUGCUACUAUACUUUCUUUAAACAAUAAUGGUUGGAAUCAAGUAGAAGUUAAAAGCAAUUUAGAUCAAUGAUGUCACUUUGAUAAAUUAUUAGGUUUUUUUGGCAUUAAAAUUGGACUAUUGAUACUUGGAUAGUAUCGUGAGCAGCACGAUUAGAGUACUCUUCGGCGAAGACGGCGCGCGCGUAAGCGCGCAACCGCGACGCGUCAUCGGACGGUGCGCCUGUGCGAACCAAGGACGGUGGAGGUAGAGGGCGAGGACGAGGACGCGGACGUGGUCGACAGCGAGGGGACGAGGUGAAACGGCGUCUUGCAUCUAAAUGAUGAUUUUUCUGCGGACGUGAUCGAAUGGGACAGCGUAAGAAAUUCGAGAGGGAAAAUCAGACUGCGAAAGGCUUAUUCCCUUGGUCCUCGUCUAGGCACGUUCCUAAAUCACGUUCAUCGACCGGAGGGAAGUUUGACCUGGUUAUAGUUGGAGCCGUCAACGGCGCGAAGCAUGGCAAGGAGCAACAACGGUGUCUGCGGACGUGGUUCCGAACGCACCGUCGUCGUCAUCCGCCGCUGCGAUGCUGCCGUUGCAUCACGUGGUAAGGCAACGUCCCAGCAAAGUGAAUCGAUCGGCGCCGGUAACGACGACAGCGUCCAGCAACGUAGCAACGACGACAGCACCGGUAACAGCAACGGUACCGCCACUGGGGCCGCCGCCAGCAGCAACGCUAGGAAUCAAGCAGAGGGUACGGCCGACUAGAGUCAUCCCCUUGAACGCAGACGCGGCACAUUUCAGGAUUAACAGAGGGCGAAUGCAUCUCGCAGGAUGAAUUCGUGCUCGGUCUAUUUCUCCCAGCUGCGGGCGAUGCUCGUGAGAAAUCUCCUGCUGAAAAAACGCGAAAAGCGGAAGACGAUGGCGGAGAUCUUUCUACCCCUCUACACUCUUGGGAUCUUGAUCGUGGUGAAGAUCCUGAUACCGAACCCAAACUAUCCCGCGAUGACGACGCAGAGGCAUGAAGGGGAUAUAUUCGAAUUAUUCAACGGCUACAAGAACAACACGAUUGCCGUGGUGCCCAAUUCUACGGAGACUCUCAGCUUCUUGAGCUCUAUGAACACUCUCUGGCUCUCUAUGUGGGAUUAUCCCGGUAAGCUUCCCUUAAACUUCAUGGUGUUCGACACGAAGGAUGAUUUGCAGGCAGCGUAUUGGAGAGAUCCUUACAGCGUUCCCCUGGCAGUUAUCUUCGAGGAUUCUCAGCCGAUAACACGGCGUCUCAUGUAUGAAAUUAGGACAAAUCCUUCAUACACCUCGCCACCUUCGCCAACCGAACUGUACUCAUCUGCGGUCACCUGCCGAAAAGACACCAGCCACUGGAUGGGCGGUGUUUUGUCGAUAGAGACCGGCAAAUCUUGUCCUGCUAACAAUUAUUUGCAUUCCGGCUUCUUGGCUUUACAAAUAAUAAUGGAUACCACAAAAAUAAGAUUGGACACGGGAAACUCCGACGUAACCAUACCAGAUAUUAAACUUGUAAUGUUUCCUAAGGAAGCAUAUACCGCUGAUUGGAUGCUCGCCUUCAGAGUUGUCAUUCCGCUCUAUAUGGUUUUGGCACUCUCGCAAUUCAUCACCUAUCUCUUGAUCUUAAUAGUUGGUGAAAAGGAAAAUAAGAUUAAGGAGGGGAUGAAGAUUAUGGGCCUAAACGAUUCUGUGUUUUGGUUGUCGUGGUUCAUCAUUUACAGCAUCUUCGUCUUGUUGCUCUCCGCCGUCGGAGUGGUAUUGCUCUUUACGCUGCAAAUGUUCCAGCACACACAUUUCCUGCCGAUAUUUCUUUUAAUGGUGUUAUACAGUUUCUCUGUGAUCAUGUUUGCCUUCAUGAUUACGCCAUUCUUUGACAAGUCGCGCACGGCUGGUGUUUUGGGUAACUUCGCUGUCACUAUACUGAGCUUGAUGUAUUUUAUCCAAGUGUUCGUGGACGAUUCCAGUUCGGUCUCGUUUUGGUUAGUCUCUUUGGUCAGCCCGACCGGAGUCGCCUUGGCGAUGGACAAGGCUUUGGUGCUGGAUCUGCAGGGCGAGGGGGUGAAUUUCGAUAAUCUUUGGUCCGGUCCUGGAAUACCCUUCGGCGGCAGUCUUAUCAUGAUGACUCUGGAUAUCUUUCUGUACGGCUGUCUAGCGUACUACCUCGACUCCGUGGUACCAAGUGAAUACGGAACGAAGAAACCACCUUGGUUCUGCUUCGUACCUGGAUUUUGGUGCCAGAGAAAAGUCCAAAGGGUACCGUCGUCGAACGGCGAGUCGAACUCUUUCAUCCCGGGCGAGGAGACGAAUCGCGAUGUGGAGCCGGUGGUGCGCGAGAUGAAGGGUCGCGAAGCGAUCAGGAUAGCCGAUCUCUAUAAAUCCUAUCACAAGUGCAAGCGCGCGGAGACGAAAGCCGUGAAUGGCAUCAAUCUGACUAUCUACGAGGGUCAGAUUACCGCUAUUCUCGGCCACAACGGCGCCGGCAAGACCACUCUCUUCAACAUCCUCACCGGUUUGACCGCACCUACCUCCGGCACCGCCCUUAUUUUCGGCUACGACGUACGCGACUCGAACGACAUGCGGGCGAUACGCAGCAUGACGGGGGUCUGCCCGCAACACGACAUCCUCUUUGAUCUGCUGUCACCGCGUGAACAUCUCGAGUUCUUCGCCGCGGUGCGCGGCAUUCCGCGCUCAAGGAUACAACACGAAGUGAAGAAAACUCUGAAAGAUAUUGAUCUAACCGAGAAGGCGGAUACUUUUGCGAAAUACUUAAGUGGUGGACAGAAGAGGAAAUUGUCUGUGGGCAUCGCCAUCAUCGGCGAUCCCAAAAUUAUUAUCCUCGACGAGCCCACUGCCGGAGUCGAUCCUUAUUCGAGAAGACAAAUGUGGUCCUUCUUGCAGUCCAGACGGCAUGGAAAGGUGAUCUUGUUGACGACUCACUUUAUGGACGAAGCGGACAUACUCGCCGAUAGAAAAGCAGUGAUCAGCAAGGGGAAACUCAGGUGUUGCGGCAGCUCCCUGUUUCUGAAGAAUAAGUUUGGCAUUGGAUACCAUUUAACAUUAGUGCUGGAGGGUAACGCUAGGGAACACGCCAUCACGCGGUUAGUAAUGUCGCAUGUAAGCAAAGCGGAAAAGGCGAGACGCCACGGUCGGGAAUUGAGUUUCAUUCUACCUCACAAUUCCGUGGAGAGUUUCGCUCCUUUGUUCUCCGCUAUCGAGCAUGAGAUUAAGACCCGUUCGAGUAGGCUCGGAAUCAGUAGUUACGGCGUAUCGAUGACCACUCUGGAGGAAGUGUUCCUGCAUUUGGAGAAAGAUGAGGAGACUGAGUGCACGAUGGACAAUCUAUCGAAGAAGAUGGUGCGUAACCGCGCACUCAGUCGAUCGCUUUCUCUGCAAUCCAAAAGCACAUCCUAUCAGAGCUUACAGAACGAGGGAGUAACCGUCCAAGGCGACAGCCAAGGAAAAGCGAACGACUUACCGGACGGCGUCCAUAACGAUCGAAAUCCACCUGUGCUCGGCCUCGGCCUAGAUCGCAUCAAGAUCCGGCCUAACUUCCUCCAGACUCUCUACGCCAUGUUACGUCUCAGGGUGCUCAGACUCAUCAGGAACAUUCAGAUGCUGUACUUCACGAUCCUCAUGCCACUGGCUCUGAUAGUGCUCGGUCUCUAUUUAAACAGCAUCCGAACGAUUGACAUCAAAAUGCAGUCACUGGAACUUAAUAGCCAUACAUACGGCAAGGAAACCAAGAUUCUCUACAUGAAUAAUAGCGACCAUGACAUCACUGACUUCAUGGAGAACAUAGCUCACGAUGUGAUGAAAGUCGAGGAAUACAAUGGCAGUUUUGUGAAUUUAUUAAACGUUGCGCCGCAUUUUGCCGCCCUCAACAUUAGCGAUUAUAAUCUGUCGCGAUUCAAUCUAACCCUCGUUUACAAUGACACGAUGCAGCAUUCCCUUCCGAUUCUGAUGAACAUUCUCACAAACAGUUAUUAUAGAACGAUGGCGGGCAAGAAUGAUCCUUCGCCGAUCGCAGUCAAAACACAUCCCUUCCAGCAAACGUCGCAACCGCAAGAGUUCAAUAUCGGUAUGGCCAGCUGCGCUGCUUUCAUCGGCAUGGAUUUCGUGCUACUGCCGAUUACUUUAGCAGUGGACAUGGUUUACGAUCGCGAGAUUAAAGCGAAGAAUCAGCUCCGCGUGAACGGUCUGUCGUUCCCGAUGUACUUUCUCAGCUACUUCAUCGUGCUGGUCGGUCUGAUGAUGUUCAUCUGUAUGUGUAUCCUCGGCAUCAUAUUCCUCUUCGACGUGCCUUCGCUACAAGAGCUACCGGCGCUUAUCACCCUCAGCACUCUUCUCAUGCUCUACUGCCCAUCGUCCAUUCUUUUCUCAACCUGCCUCAGCUACAUCUUCGACAAGAUGGACUCCGCGCAAAGCAUUCUGCCGAACAUCGCGACCUUCUUCGGACUGAUACCGUUCCUCCUCGUCGUAUUUCUCGAUAUGCUGGGACUCGGUGGGACAGCGGCAUUUGCGUUGCACAUCGUCUUCUCCCUGUUAAAUUCCAUGUACGUUCCGUACGCGGCGGUAUACUACGUGGAUCGCGUUUAUCUGAUGUGCUCCAUCAAUGCCGCCUGCCAUCACCUCACCAUGUCCGAUUAUCUCACCACGGAGAUCAUACUGAUGGCCGUCGGGGUACUUUUGCAUUGCCCGCUUUUGUUCUUCCUUCUGCUCCUGCUGGACAUUAAGAAGAGUGGCGGCAACGUUAGCGAUUUCUUCAAAUACUUCCUGCAUAAUGGCGGCUCCAUUGGCGAAGAAAUUAUGGAGAACUCUGACAUUGGCGAACACGAAGACGCGGAUGUAAAGAACGAGCGACAAAAGGUCUUCAACUUAAUUACAUCGUCGGCCGUUCAAGAGCCGCCUGUAGUAUUAGUUCAGAAUCUGAGGAAGGAGUACCGGCAGCGAGAGGUAGGAUCAUCCUGCGGCUGCUGCUCGAAGCGCGAGGAAGAGGCCACGCAGAAGCAGCGGAAGACCGCUGUGAGAAAUCUCUCGCUUGCGGUGGACCCGGGCGAGGUUCUGGGCUUGCUGGGUCACAAUGGCGCCGGCAAGACCACAACCAUGAAAAUCAUCAUCGCCGAGGAGGCAGCGACGAGGGGCAGAGUGCAGAUCGGCGGUCAUAACAUCAACACCCACAUGGUGGACGCUUUCCAGCAGAUGGGUUAUUGUCCCCAACACGACGCUCAAUGGAAAAACAUUACCGUGAGAGAGCAUCUGGAAUGCUACGCCGCGAUUCGCGGGGUUCCGCGGGGCGAUAUUGACAGAAUCGUAGACUUGUAUUUGUCCGGUCUGCAAAUCCAUGAACACGCCGACAAGCAGACCCAAGAAUGUUCCGGAGGGACUAGAAGAAAGCUUAGCUUCGCGAUGGCGAUGAUCGGUGGGCCCAAGGUGGUUCUCAUGGACGAACCGAGCACGGGCAUGGAUCCAAAAUCGAAGAGAUUCCUAUGGGACACAAUUCUCGCUAGUUUCCAGGUCAAUUGCAUUACUGGUGGCAGAGGAGCCAUAUUGACCACCCACUCCAUGGAGGAGGCUGAUGCGCUGUGUUCGAGGGUCGGCAUAAUGGUGAAGGGCGAGCUGAGAUGCAUCGGCUCGACUCAACACCUGAAGAACCUCUACGGCGCUGGCUACACUCUCGAGAUGAAGCUGCUGGGCGGCGAUUGCACGCCGACGACUCCCUCCGGUGACAGGAUCGCCGGCUUGAAAGAAUUCGUCGCCGGCCUCUUCCCUGACGUCACUCUGGAGGAGAGCUUCGCCGACCGGCUGGUCUUCGCCGUGCCUCAACACGCUGUCAACUCGCUGGCCGAGUGCUUCAUACAGUUGGAGAAAGCCAAGCUUGAACUGGACAUAGAAGAAUAUAGCUUUAGUCAAACUACCCUGGAGCAAGUGUUCCUCAAGUUCUCGCACUACGACGAGGGCAACUCCGUGGAAUGAUGAUUCGCGGUGCUAAUGUGCCAUUGUUACGUGAUAAUCAGUGAUGAACUCGCGAUUAGCGCGCACGAAAGGACUGUUUAUUCGCCCGCGAGCGCGUAAAAAGAAAAAAAGAAAAAAAAUGUGCUCGAAGGAUGGACGCUUUUAGAUGCUCGAGGAUCUGUGGAACGAUUUCCGUUGUCCUUGCUGACAAAUCGUGCGAUUACAUUACGACGAAGCGCACCGCUCAUUUCGAAAUGUUGCAGAUGGGACGGUGAACAUGAUGGCUAGUUAACGGUUCUAGUGUUGUAUUCCGAACAAGUAUCUAAAGUGACACAUCGUCUCGUGCCUUCAAAUCCCAGGAGGGGUAAUGAAGAAACGACGGAAUGACGAGGGAACAGGAGUUUGUCAAUAGCUUUAAUUGUAUUAUGAAGUAUUUCCACGUAUCAGGACAACACGUUGUUUAUAAGCUUGAUAAAAAAAAAAAAAAAACGAGGAAACGAUAGAGCGGCAAAGGAACAAUUAUGAAAGCCGUAAACGUUUAAGAUAACGAAGAAUUGCUUAAUUGUUCCGAAAUAUUGGAGAAGCAACUAGGGAAUUAUAGAACACCGAAAAAAACAAUUAGUCAGUAAUGCGUUGUGCUUAAAGAAACGGAUGAGUUUCUUCGUAAUUCCAGGAGGAAGAGCGAAGUAAAGUGAUGGGAAUAGCUAGCCAAUCGUCUCGUCGUUACGUUCAACAGCUAGGAAAACGAAACUGGGAGUGGCUGAAAACUGGGAUUGAUAAAACGACGAGCGGAUAGUUAUAUCGCAGCCUAGAAUUGCGCGAUUCGAGAGAGUAAAGUAAACUAGUCGCUUUGUAGGUGCAAACUGUUGGCGGAACGAGAGACGGCAGAACUAUGAGGGAUCAGUUAGCGAGUAGUUUCCCAACGUGCAGUUUCAAAGGAGCAUCAAAGUCGCCUUGCUGCACGGUAUCGAUGAAGAAACGAAGUGCGAUUAGAUGGCGGAGCUUCGAAAGAGUGUACUAAUAAAAAUGAGAGCUCGGUUGUUCUAAAGUGUUGAAGAAAUUACGGAGUGGAGCGGUGGAGAACUUAAACAAUCGCGGAUGAUAAAAUUUGUCUCGCUGUUGUAAAAUGAGUCGACAGACGACCGAAGUAAUAAGGGUUCAUUAAAUCGUAGUGCGUUUCGAGAAAACUUUACAAAUCAAGAAAUGAGACUGGAGAACGGUGAAACGUAAUGUCCUUCUUUCAGAUGGUGCUUCGAAGAAGUGUCGGAAUAAUAGGCCGCUUUUUUUCAACCUUCACUGGCGAAACGACGGAUCGGCGGACGGGAUGAGCUAGGAAUAAAUAAUAACUUGAAACGUGUGGCGUUGUGCUUUGAGGGAAUUUCACGGGUGAUAAGGGCGAUCGAAGCGAUCGAAGGCGAGACGCUGACGGCGGUCUUACUGUUUUCGCGCUGGUUGAAUGAGCGCACGCAAAUCGUCCCUCGCGAAGGAAAGACUCUCUCUAUAAAGUUCUGUGUAUUUAUUCUGUAAAUAGUCUCGCGGGUACACGCCGUGGAGUAUUACAAUUGCGAUUCGAGCACGACCCCCCCCCCUCCCUUCCCCCUUCCCCUCCCUCCCCCCUUUUAACGACGGAGCGUCACUUUAAAGCUGAAGUUUACGCUCGAUAUUUUCCAGAUUUGUAUCUGUGACGUCUUUACUUCUCUCAUCGGCGUUGUCUUGUCGUAACGUAAUGUCCAGGAGGAAGAGAUCCUCCAGAAUUACUGUCAGAAAUCAGCGGCGGAAGGUAAAUGUCGGGCGUAAACGCGAGGAACAGACGUCCUCGUGGCGUAGUGUCGAAGUUACUGGUGGUCCAUUUCGUAUUUGAAAACUUACCAGUAACAGAUCUCAUACCAAUAUUGCACUGGAAUUGGAGUACACACGGUGUCCGUUGUCCUCAAACAGGACGGCUCCUUGGCAGGAGUUGCAAAUCGAUGGACCGGUUCGAGAAGGUUCCUGGCGAUAAAUCGGUCUUUAGCUCUGGUCGCGUCAUUUAUGAUGAUAUUGAAGAGAUCUUCACCUAAUAAUUACUCGAAUACCAUUAAAGCGCGUAGUUAUUUCUUUAUCAUCUUCCCUGCAACCUUGUGCGCGGAUUACUGUACUUUACAAAAAAAAUACUAGGUCAAAGUGAAUCGAUGGAAAUUUAUUUUACGAAAUUGUGUAAACUUUUAUUAAGCUCAAAAUGUGCGAUACGAAUUGAUUUUCAAUUGCAAGGAUAAUGCGUAAUCUGCAAAUAUUGUUAAAUUAAAUAUGGAUUUCGAAAAUUCAGUGUUUAAUUUCAUAGAAUAAAUAUUUAUCAAGCUGGAGAAUUUGAAAUAUUUAUCAAUUUCUUUUAUUGAUCUGUUAAGCAGCAAAAAAAGGACUUUUUCACAAAGUUACAACAGUUCAAAGAUCGACAAUUUUUCUGCAAAAAUUUAGUGAUCCUUUAAUUUUGCUAUUUAGUAUAUUUUCUGCGGAUAAUAAGUAUUUCAAAGGGACACAGAUAUUGUUAGAACUUUCUACGUAAGGUUGCGAGUAAGAUGUUGAUUUUUUUGGAUCAUUGAAAGAUUGAAAAUAAAUUUGUGACGCAGGAUUUGAAAUUACCCAUUUUUUGAGCCGAGCCAUCGUGAGUGCUGUUGGGCCAUACUGAAUGCAGCGAGUUACGAGGGGUGUUUGAGAAGGAACUUUUAUCGCGCUAUACAGUUAUUUGCUCUUCUAAUGGCCAAAGAAGUUCCAAGUUUUAGUCAUUUCGAAUUUUAAGCACGAAUAUAUAAUGGUGUGUAAGUUUUAGAUUUAAUAUUUGUAUCUUCCAUAAUUUCUGGGAAAAUUUCAAAGAGGACUCUUUGAAAAGCAUAAAUAUCAAAAUUAUAUUCAAUAGUUUUGUAUUUAAGAAAGGAUUAAAUUAAAAGGAUAAAUGUUGCUCAGGAAUUAAGGGUGCGGCGAUUAGCGAUACAUUAAAAAAAAUCUGUCGCAUUAAAGAAAAAGGUAAUCGUUAGAGUAAUAAAUUUAUUAAAAGUAGUGUUAAAAUUCAUUUGAAAUACAGUGAAUUAUUUAUUAAUAGAUAAUUAUUAGAGCAAUAAAGUUAAUUCCAAUCGUGAAAUAUUAUUCGUUAAGUUUUCAUUGCAUAGAAAUGUUACUGAGUAUUUUCAGGGAGGGAUAAAUAUUGCAUAGCUUAUUUUUGUUAACUGAAGCUGCGAUGUUUCACUGUGAUCAAAUUGGACGGUGUUUAAUUCUCUUUUGAUAAGAUUUAAUGUGCCUUGAGUUUAAUACCAAAUUAUUAGUCAAUAAAUCUAUAAUUGUCAUGCUUGCAAGAUAAAAUGCAACUGUUCCCGAGAGCUGCGAAGUGGCGUAACGAUAUCUUUUGUGGAAGUACUUGUUACUUUUUUGACAAUCCGGUGCGAUUAUUUCCUGAAAUCUGCACGAAACGUCAUAUUACUUCUCGAACACCCCUCUCAUUUUCUAUACACGUAUUUAAAAGUACCCUGAAAAGGGCCGUAGUCCUAAU